AUGUGCGUUAAAAAUGGUGUGGUUGAUACGGCAAGUUUCCAAACUGCUAGUGACCAUGGAGCUGGGAACCGAGGCACCGAGGAUCACAAGCAGCUAGCCGUCUCAUCCAUCAACCAACAACCCUUGGAAAUGACCUCAGAUCAUCACCAAUCAUGCCCCUUCUGCGCCAUCGCUCACAAAUACCCGCCCCUCCCACCAACGACAUUCUUCCGCCCGAAGAAUUCCAGCCACGAUGAUCAUCUAAAUUUAGCGGCUGCGGCGGCGCCCACUACUGACAUUCCUUCCCCGGAAUCAUUCGCCGAGCUGAGCAAUCCAGGCUCUGGCGAUGCACACCUCAUCUUGUCCACUAGACAUGUUCUUGCGUUUUUGGAUAUUAUGCCUUUGACGAAGGGACAUGUUUUGGUUGCGACGAGGGAGCAUUGUGAGAGGUUGGGGGAUGUAAGGGUCGGUGUGGGGAGGGAGAUCGGCCAAUGGCUCCCCAUCAUCUCGCGAGUUGUGAUGCGAACGCUUUUCGGAGAGGAAGAGCAAGGGGACUUUGACUCGUUGUGGAAUUGGAAUGUGGUGCAGAAUAAUGGCGCCAGGGCGGCGCAGCAGGUCCCUCAUGUUCACUUUCAUGUUAUUCCGAGGCCGCCUGAUCGGCCGGCGGAAAGGAAGGGAAAGGCUCAUUUGAGUUACGUGAUGUUUGGGCGUGGGCAGAGGGAGGAUCUAGAUGAUGAGGAGGGGGAGAGUCUGGCUAGGCUGUUGAGGGAGGAGUUGGCGAGGGAAGUUCAGAGGGUUAAGAGGGAGGAGG